AUGAUUUUCUUUCUACUCUUUGUGGUCAUUCCUAUUUGCCUCGUCUUUCUUCUCCCUAAAGUCAAAAGGGGUAGAAAAAAUAAGCUUCCACCAGGUCCUAUAGGGCUUCCAUUCAUUGGAAAUUUGCAUCAAUUUGAUAGUUUAGCUCCUCAUAUUUAUUUUUGGAAACUUUCCAAAAAGUAUGGAAAAAUAUUAUCAUUGAAACUUGCUUCUGUUCAAAUUGUUGUAGUUUCUUCAGCAAAAUUAGCAAAAGAAGUACUCAAGACACAAGAUUUAGUAUUUUGUAGUAGACCUUCUCUUGUUGGCCAACAAAAAUUAUCUUACAAUGGUCAUGAUAUUGGUUUUGCACCUUACAAUGAUUAUUGGAGAGAAAUGAGAAAAAUAUGUGUUCUUCAUCUAUUUAGUCUCAAGAAAGUGCAAUUAUUUGGUCCGAUUCGUAAAGAUGAAGUCUCAAGAAUGAUCAAGAAAAUAUAUCAACUAGCUGUUAAUUCUCAAGUCACCAAUUUGAGCAAUUUGAUGAUUUCACUUAAUAGUACAAUUAUUUGUAGAGUUGCUUUUGGUGUUAGAUUUGAUGAAGAAGCACAUGAAAGGAAGAAAUUUGAUUAUAUUAUGGUUGAAGCUGAAGCUAUGUUGGCAAGCUUUUUUGUGUCUGAUUUUUUUCCAUCUUUAAGUUGGAUUGAUAAACUCACUGGACUGACAUAUAGACUUGAGAAGAAUUUCAAAGAUUUGGAUGAUUUUUUUGAAGAACUAAUUGAACAACAUCACAAUCCCAAUAGGCCAAAAUCCAUGGAAGGAGAUAUUAUAGAUCUUUUGCUUCAAUUGAAGAAAGAGCAAUUAACACCAAUUGAUCUCUCUUUGGAGGAUAUAAAAGGAAUUCUCAUGAAUGUAUUAGUUGCUGGAUCAGACACUAGUGCAUCUGUGAUAAUAUGGGCCAUGACAAUCUUGAUCAAGAAUCCGAAAGCCAUGAAGAAAGUUCAAGAAGAGAUCAGAAAUUUAAUUGGGAACAAAGACAUUGUAAAUGAAGAUGAUAUUCAAAAUAUGCCUUAUUUCAAAGCAGUGAUAAAAGAGACUUUAAGAUUAUUUCCACCAGUUCCACUCUUAAUACCAAGAGAAUCAAUGAAAAUAUCCACACUAGAAGGGUAUGAAUUUCAACCAAGAACUAUAGUUUAUGUUAACGCAUGGGCAAUUGCAAGAGAUCCUGAAAUGUGGGAAAAUUCAGAAGAGUUUAUGCCUGAGAGAUUCUUGAAUAGCGAUAUUGACUUCAAGGGACAAGAUUAUGAGUUUAUUCCGUUUGGAGCAGGAAGAAGAGGGUGUCCAGCCAUGGCACUUGGGGUUGCAUCUGUGGAACUUGCAUUAUCAAAUCUUCUUUAUGCAUUUGAUUGGGAGUUACCUUAUGGAUUGAAAAAGGAGGACAUUGACAUAAAUGGCAGGCCUGGAAUUACAGUGAAUAAGAAAAAUGACCUUUGCCUUAUCCCUAAAAAAUAUUUCUAAAUUACAUCCCAAAGUGAAUCUAAGGGGAGUUCUUGAAGUAAGGGAUCAAUUUAUUUCGACUCGAAUUAAUCACUUUGUCGUAUAAAGGAUUGUUUCUUUGUGCUUUGACAAUGGGCUUUUGAAGGAUUAUUCUGUAAUUGAAUGAUAAUAAGUCAAUUUCAUUGAUUGUGAAUGCAUUUUAUAUAUGUAGCUUAUCU